AGGAAGCGGAAGCGGAAGUGGUGGCUUUCCUUUAGAGUACGCUGUAAAGGAGCGGAGACUGCCGUCGGGGGAAAAUGGGGCAAAUAGAGGAGCUGAGGAUGCUCGUGUCCGCGCGCCUAAACGCCGUUACCUCGGAGAUAUUUGAGGUCGUUUCAAAAAUAGUAGCCAAUUACGAAGAGCAGGCUUCCCGUCUGAAGGAAGAGAACGAGCGCCACCGCUCUCUGUUGGACAUAAUCCUCAAAACAAAGCCCGCAAACACCAAAGCGGUUCACGCCUCCAAGACCGUCUCCGCUGUCACCGAUGGCCCCCCUUCCUUUGCUGUGGACUCUAAAAUGAAAAGCACGGCCAGUGGAACUAUCUUUACUUCAUCCAUUGGUUCGCAGACUGUCUUCACAACGCGUGAGGACUUUGAAAAGUACGUUUCCCGCAGCGCCUGUCCCUUCUGCCUGAAGACCGUGGAAGCCUCAGAAUCCCACCUGAUCAAAAGGCAUUAUCUGUCCGCCAUUCACUUCAUUCAGGGCGGCACCAAGAAGUUUGUCAUACCAUGUAUGUGUAAGGACAAAAUCCAGAACCGAAGCCACUGGCACUGCCCCUACUGCAGGAAGAUCAUUUACCGCCGAUGCAACUUCGAGGCCCACCUAUCCAAACAGCACAGUUUUACCAUCGUGCAGCAAAGCCAGGAUGCAGAGACCCAUCAGCUCCCUGCUUCUGUCUUAGAGGUGCAGGUGCCCAUUAUUCCUGAGCAUUGGUGUUAUCAGAACCUCGGCAGUGCGGAGCAGCAGGAAGUUAAAGUGGAAGUCCAGCGAGGGAUAUAUGGACAGGAUCAGCACGCACAACAAAUACUGAUACAAAACUGCAACAGUGAGACACAAGAACAAAGCCAGGUCCAGGACUCUGCAUUGGACAUCAAAAACAUCACACUGGGACACUGCGUCCAAGAGACGGCUGAAAUCUGCCCAGCCGGGCGUCUUCUGCCUGAGGCGUCCGACCCGACCGGGGAAAACCAGAUCCCCGCCGGUAAAGGAGCCACGACAGAGGCAGUAAACAGCGCCAGCAGCGAGGGUUCAGAGACGGACCAAAAUCCUGGCUCAGGUCUGAACUGCAAGAGGCACGUGGAAAGAACUCAAUCCUCAUUUAAUUUGGACAGGAAGAAGGCCGUUGCGCGGUUAUCCGCCAGCCAGAAUCCAACAGGGUCUCACCUGUGCAGGGCAUGCGGGAAAAGUUUCCACUACAUGUACACGCUCAACACCCACGUGCUCACACACGCAUGGGACAAAGCCGGCAUCUGCGGGAUAUGCGGAAAACAUCUGGGGAAAAGAGAAAGUCUACUUCAUCACGUCCAGAAGCACAACAAGAGGAACAGGUGUCGCACUUGCGGCAAGGAAUUUUCAAGCGUGUCCCGUCUAAAGCGGCAUAAGAAAUUUCACUUACCAAAAGGACUAAAUGUCAUGUCCCCAGCUUAAAUGUGCAGGAGGACGAAGUUCUGAUGAUUUCUCUUUCUACUGUUGUAAUUUCAGCCACAACAGUAAAAUACUCUGAUUAAAAUAUAUGAAUUUUUAUAAUUGUAUAAUUAUAUCCACACUAAAUUGAGUUUUAGUCACUGCUCAAUCAUGAU